AUGGCAGUUCGCAUUCCUAUGGAUCUUAUGGCUCCUAUGGAUCCUAUCCCUCUCAUGGAUCCUUUGGUUCUUAUGGGUCCUAUCCUACUCAGGUCUACUCCUCUUAUAUGCCCUCUCAUAGUUCAUACAGCCAACCGUCCUAUUCUCCCUAUUAUCAAUCCUACGGCUCUGCAUCCCCGUAUUACGGUGGUAGUGGUGGGUACACUAUCUGGUAUCCGCAUGCUAUUGAAUAUGUGA